UGGAGUGGGUUGCCAUACCCUCCUCCAGGGGAUGUUCCUGAUCCAGGGAUCAAACCCAUGACUCUUAUGUCUCCUGUAUUGGCAAGUGGGUUCUUUACCACUAGCACCACCUGGGAAGCCCCAUAUUAAAGUACAAACUUGUUAAAUCAAUUAUCUACUGAGCCCUGUGGCACUUCUUCACCCCCAGGGGACAGUGAAGGAGUGAGGGUGAGGUUGGGAGCCAAAGAUUCUGCUGAAGAGCUUAAGUGAGGAUUUCCAAGACUAGAGACCUUAUCCUGUUACUCCAAAUCCCCUCUGACCUCCAGCCCCCAUACAGCCUUGUUCUGGGGCCUGGAACCAGAACUAGGUACAGGACACAUCCCAGCCUUGAGAUCUUGAGCUAAGGCUGAGCCAGUCUCCCCUCCCCACUGGGCUCGUGGUCUUUCUAUGACUAAGGAAAGGCUUAUGUCAGAGGGUUAAACAGGGCUUCCCAAGUUGUUCAGUGGUAAAGAAUCUGCCUGGCAGUGCAGGAGAUGCAGGAGACGUGGGUUCAAUUCCUGGGUCAGGAAGAUCCCCUGGAGUAGGACAUGGCAACCCACUCCAGUAUUCUUGCCUGGAGAAUCCCAUGGACAGAGGAGCCUGGUGGGCUACAAUCCAUGGGGUUGCAGAGUCAGAUACGACUGUGCAACUGAGCAUGGGAUAAAAAAUAAAAAUCAUAUCUAAAAUGUGGCAAUAGAAAAGGGUUAAACAUAUUCCCACUGGGGUGGAGGUCAAUUUCCUCUCUGAAAUCUUGGCUCUCCAGGCUUCCUUCACUCCACCCUCAACACAUGUGCAGGAUAUGAAAUCGCUGAAGGAUCUACUGCUUCCUACUUCCCUUUGAAAUCCUAGUUCCCUUACUGGAAAAAAAAAAAAAUUUGUCGCGAUUAACAUUUCUCAAAACUUUCGAAGCCCAGAAGCCUCCGAAGCCCCUACCAGUCUACCUCUCCUCCUGCAGCUGCUCCCUCCACGAGAAGAUGAAGGUCUCCAUGGCAGCUGUCUCCUUCCUCCUCCUCCUCAGCACCACUGUGGCCCUUGGGUCCGAGAAUGAAUCCUCUUCAAAAGGACUUUACCACUCCACGGAGUGCUGCUUCAACUAUGUGAGCCGGGCAAUCCCCCGGCAGCUCGUUUCAAGCUAUUAUGAGACCAGCAGCCUGUGCUCCAAGCCUGGAAUCAUCUUCAUCACCAAGCGGAAACGAGAGAUCUGUACCAACCCCAACGACGACUGGGUCCAAGAGUACAUCAAGGAUCUCAGGCUUCCUCUGCGGCCUUCCAGGAGGUUGGCCUAAGUUAACAUCACUAGAUGGGAGGAAGGUCAAGCCCAGAUCCACAGCUCGUCGUGAUGGUCAGGCCUCCAACGGAGCCCAAGUUCGACGGGGGGAAGGUGUAACCCUGUGAAAACGCAGGCAACCUCAUGGUCUGAAUGACAAGAGUCACCUUCAGAGAAACAGGCUAGAGAUUCAAAAGAGUAAAGCAUUUUGAAUAUAUUCUCAGUCUCCAGAGGAAAUGCCAAGGUUGAGGGAGGAGGGCAGGGAUACAUUCUUAACGCUCAGCACAGCACUUUCACAUCCUCCUCCUUGUCCUACUUUCAGACCCUCACCUCCCUCCAGUGCACCAGCCCGUCCUGAAUGAUCAAGUCCCGCUUCCCAACAGCCAAACCAGCUCUGGCUUUCUCUGACUUCCCACUCAUUAAGAGACUCACGGGACUCGACUUUUCCUGUCCACCUUAUCCUUUUUCUAGAUCUCUUUUUUCUUCUAUUAUGCUUUUCUUUUAAAACCUAACCUUUUGGGACUUCCCUGGUGGUCCAGUGGCUAGGAUUCCAUGUUCCCAGUGCAGGGGGCCCAGGUUCAAUCCCUGGUCAGGGGACUAGAUUCCACACGUUGCAACUAAAAAAAUCCCUCAUGCCGCAACUGAGACCCAAGGCAGCCAAAUAAAUAAAAAUUAA